AUGCCAUCAGUGAGGACAGUGCCUCUCGGCUUGCUGCUUUUCAUCCUUGCUAUUGCCAGUUCACAUCAGUACUAUGAUCCGACCAUGCGAGAUUAUGUCGAAACGUGUGAUGAAAUGGCUCAAUUAGCUGGCGACAAUUUUUGCAGGGUAUUCGACAUUUGCUGUCGGGACCGUGCAAAGAACAAAUUGAAUGGCGAUCGCUGUCAAUUAACUGAUCCCACCAAUGGAUGUCAACUCACUUCCGAGGGUAAUGUGGAAUUUCUACGAUGUCGAGCUUAUAACUGUACCCCCGAAGUGACAACCACGACAACAACCACAACAACCACAGCACGUGCACUUUUUCUGAAAGAUUCCUCAUCAUGUAUCAACACAGGUGCACUCAUUACCGUAGUCGCAGUUGUCACAGCUAUUCAACUAAGCUUCAGGCAGUACUGUCAUUGGGUGUAA